AUGGCUAAGUGGUGUGUCUUGGUCUUGGUUCUUGCUCUGGUUGGAGUGGCCACAAGUGCCAGAAACGCACCCAAGGAUGCUGGUCUCAAGGACCAGAAGAACUUCAUCACCUAUGGUGGAGUUGGUGGCUAUUCUGGAAUUGGGAGCAAUGGACUACCUUUUGGAGGAGCUGGUGCCGGAAUAGGUGGAGGUUUUGGCGGUGGACUUGGUGGUGGACUUGGUGGCGGCCUCGGCGGCACUACCGGCAUCGGUGGAAUUGGAGGAUUCGGUGGUACCGGUGGUGGAGUUGGUGGCGGUGUUGGUGGAGGCGUUGGAACCGGCCUUGGUGGAGGCAGUGGUGUUGUUCCUUUCCCUUGA